AUGUUCAAUCGCGACAAUCUCUUCGGCGGUCGCGGCCAGUCUUUCCCUCAGCCACCACGUCGAGACGGACCACCUCAACCACAAGCACCAUCACGACAGCCGGGAUCCCAAAUGCCACAAGCACAACGGCAACCAGACGGACGCUUCGCAGAUCCAUACGCACAGCAAGAGAAGAGCCAUACUGGCGGCGCAAUGGGCCGCAGUCUACAGUUACGGCCAGCAAAGAGUCCUGACAACACUUUCACGUUCUCAAACAUAUGUGCCGUCAGUUCUCAGGACAUACCGCCUGGGCAAGAUGGGGAUACGCAUCUGCUUGUCAACGGCAAAUUCGUGCUAUCGGCACGACCGCUUGCACAGUUCCCACGAGGCCAGAUCAGUCUGAAUGAUCCUCAGCGGACGUGGAUGGGCGUGGCCCUGACAGACACGGUGGAUGUACAAGCGUAUGAUCCUUUCAGCCAAGGAGCACAGAGCUAUCUAGGUGCUAUGGACGUAGAGGUUGGCUUUGCUGGCAGAAAAGCAACAGACGCACCAUACGAUCAGGACGAGCUAGCCAAAGCUUUCACGCGCACCUUCCGGCACCAGAUCUUUGCGCCUAGUCAACAGUUGCUUAUGGACUAUCAGGGUAUACCUCUACGAAUGACCAUAAGGACUGUCGAGCUGGUGGACAUUUCCUCUCUUCGAGCACCGACCGGUGGCGCACAGCAAUCAACAGAUGCACGAUCGCGUGGUAUACUAACACCGGAGACUGUGAUCAAUUACUUCAAGGAUGCAAAGUCACCUAUAAAUCUCAAAGGCUCGAACCGCAGGCCAGCUGCAAACUCGGUGGUACGACCGGACUUCAAGUUUGAGGACCUGGGUAUUGGUGGUUUGGACAAAGAAUUCAGCGAUAUCUUCCGAAGAGCUUUCGCCUCACGUAUCGUGCCGCCUGGUCUAGCAGAGAAGAUCGGCAUCCAGCAUGUCCGAGGUAUACUGCUCUACGGCCCUCCAGGUACUGGCAAGACGCUAAUUGCACGACAAAUCGGAAAGAUGCUGAAUGCGAGAGAACCAAAGGUUAUCAACGGACCCGAAGUGCUGAACAAGUACGUUGGUCAGUCCGAAGAGAACAUUCGAAAACUGUUCGCCGAUGCCGAGAAGGAGCAGAAGGAGAAGGGCGACGAUUCUGAACUGCAUAUCAUCAUCUUCGACGAACUUGAUGCUGUGUGCAAGCAGCGUGGCUCAGGCGCUGGAGGCGGCACUGGUGUUGGUGACAGUGUGGUCAACCAGCUGCUAUCCAAACUCGACGGUGUGGAGCAACUCAACAAUAUCCUACUCAUCGGCAUGACGAACCGAAAGGACAUGAUCGACGAAGCACUAUUGCGUGCCGGUCGUCUUGAAGUGCACAUGGAGAUCAGUCUACCAGACGAGCAUGGUCGGCAACAAAUCCUCACCAUUCACACAGCCAAGAUGCGUGAGAACGGCAAGCUGGCGGCUGAUGUCGAUCUCGCCGAGCUUGCACACCUGACACGCAAUUUCUCGGGUGCAGAGCUGAUGGGUCUGGUCAAGUCUUCGACUAGCUUUGCAUUACAGCGACAUAUCAAGGGUGGCAGUGUGGCUGCCCUGACAGACGAUGUGGGAGACAUGCAGAUACGAAUGGAAGACUUCCUCCGUGCCUUGGAAGAAGUGCACCCCUUGUUCGGUGUAAGCGAAGAAGAUCUCGAACGGGCUGUGGAGGGUGGUAUCAUCCACUUCUCGCCACACAUUGAUAAGAUCUUGGAGAAUGGACGCGACUUCGUGAACCAGGUCAAGACGGGCACAACACCGUUGCUCUCGGUCCUGUUACAUGGACCGCACGGUUCAGGCAAGACAGCGCUCGCUGCACAAAUAGCCAUGAAUUCUGAGUUCCCGUUCAUUCGACUCGUACGGCCAGUCGACAUGGUGGGCAUGAACGAGAUUCAGAAGAUCCAGCACCUCAGCAAGAUCUUCACAGACGCCUACAAAUCACCUCUCAAUGUCCUCGUCCUGGACAAUAUCGAAUUGCUGGUCGACUGGGUACCAGUUGGACCUCGAUUUAGCUCUGCCGUCCUCGCCGCUCUGAAAGGUCUUAUGGACAACAAACCUCCCAAAGGCCGACCACUGCUAGUCAUGGCGACGACCUCCGAGCGCACCGUCUUGCAGCAAUUACAGCUGUAUUUCAAGAUGCAGAUCCCCAUCCCUAAUGUCUCGACUCAACAAGAGCUGGCGCACAUCAUGCAAGAAUCCGGUGCUUUCGCCGGUGCUGAUAUCGAGAGGGCAAUCAGUGACAUCGAGCAAACCACAGGUGGCAGAAGUAUAGGGGUAGGCAUUCAGCAGGUUCAAUUAUGUAUCCAGACGGCUAUGCAGGUUCAGGAUAGGCCUGGAAGAUUUGCUGAGGUCAUGAGCGAGGCUAUUGCUGAUAAUGCUGCUGGUGCGUGA